GCGGCUGUGGGCGGGGCUGCGGGCUGCGGGGCGGGGUGCGGGCGCAGGCCGCAGGAUCCAGGCUCCGCUCCGGCCCACCACGCCGCGUAGUAGAUAUGGCGGGCUCCUGGCUUCCCCGGCAGCUCUUUCUCCAGGGCGUGGCUGCCGUCUUCUUGUUCGCCUUUGCUUCCCUCUACAUGCAGAUCCCUGGCCUCUAUGGCCCCGAGGGCAUCCUCCCUGCGCGGAGGAUGCUGCGGCCCCAGGGCAAGGGGCGCUGGCAACAGCUGUGGGAGACGCCGACGCUGCUGUGGGAAGCGCCGCUGCUGGGACUGGACACAGCCCAGGGCCUGGAGCUGCUGAGCCUGCUGGGCGCAGGGCUGGCUCUGGGUCCACUGCUCCUGCGUCCGCUCCGCCACCCCCUCAUUUACCUGCUGCUCUGGGCUGCCUACCUGUCGGUCUGCCAGGUGGGCCAGGUGUUCCUCUACUUCCAGUGGGAUUCCCUGCUCCUGGAGACAGGCUUCCUGGCUGUGCUGGUAGCCCCAUUGAAGCAGCCCUCCAGCCAAAAACAGGGGGUGCUGGUAGGGGCCUCGGACUUUAAGGGCCAGCCCUUCUGGCUUGUGCGCUGGCUGCUGUUUCGCCUCAUGUUUGCCUCCGGUGUGGUCAAGCUGACCAGCCGCUGCCCUGCAUGGUGGGGACUCACUGCCCUUACCUACCACUAUGAGACGCAGUGUCUACCCACCCCUGCUGCCUGGUUUGCACACCACCUGCCUGUUUGGCUGCAUAAGCUCAGCGUAGUGGCCACUUUCCUCAUUGAAAUCGCAGUGCCCCCUCUGUUCUUCGCCCCCGUUCGCCGCCUGCGAUUGGCUGCCUUCUACUCUCAGGUGCUGCUGCAAGUCCUCAUCAUCAUCACCGGCAACUACAACUUCUUUAACCUACUCACGCUGGUGCUUACCACUGCCCUCCUGGAUGACCAGCAUCUGGGUGCUGAGCCUGGGCUCAGCCGCCCCAGGAAGACACCCACCUCCUGGCCCAGGGUCCUGCUGACCAAGCUGUCCUUGCUGCUGGAACUGGCCAUCUAUGGGACGCUGGCCUAUGGCACUGUGCACUACUUUGGCCUAGAAGUUGACUGGCAACAGCACAUAAUCCACUGCAGAACCACCUUCACCUUCCACCAGUUUUCCCAAUGGCUGAAGAUGGUGACACUCCCCACUAUGUGGCUGGGUGCAGCCUCCCUGACCUGGGAGCUGAUGGCUGCACUCUGGAGGUGGGCACAGAUGCAAGGGUGGCGGCAGAAGCUCUGUGCUGCAAUCCAGCUUUCCAUCUGGGGCACUACCACAGUGACCAUGUUCCUCAUUAGCCUGGUGCCCUACUCCUACGUGGAGCCUGGGACCCAUGGGCUCCUGUGGACGGGGGCUCGCCACCUCUUUGGCACCGUGGAACACCUGCAGCUGGCCAACUCAUACGGCCUAUUCCGUCGGAUGACUGGUCUGGGUGGGCGGCCUGAGGUGGUGCUGGAAGGCAGCUACGAUGGACACCACUGGACAGAGAUUGAGUUCAUGUACAAGCCUGGAAACGUGAGCCGCCCACUCCCCACUGUGGUGCCCCAUCAGCCGCGCCUCGACUGGCAGAUGUGGUUUGCAGCCCUCGGCCCACACACGCACAGUCCUUGGUUCACCAGCCUGGUGCUCCGCCUGCUGCAGGGCAAGGAGCCAGUGAUUCACCUAAUCCAGAAUGAUGCUGCCCAGUACCCCUUUCACAAGCAGCCACCCACCUACAUCCGAGCCCAGCGCUACAAAUACUGGUUCUCUCAGCCUGGGGAGCAGGGCCGCUGGUGGCGCCGCCAGUGGGUGGAGGAAUUCUUCCCAUCUGUGUCCCUGGGGGACCCCAACCUGGAGAGGCUGCUGCAGCAGUUUGGACUUCAGGACAAGACUCCGCCCCGGCACCGAAGCUCUAGCCACAUGCUAGCCCAGGCCCUUCACUGGGUACGGACCCAGCUGUCAACCCUGGAGCCCCCAAACCUGCUCUGGGGACUCUUGGGAGCUGUAGGUGCUGUGAAAGUCGUGCAGGCCCUGCUGGCUUCUUGGUUGCCUCAGUCCUCCCUCCUGACCAGAGAAGAGAAGCACAAAUUGAUCCCCAAAAAGGAGUCAGGACCUGCAUCCACACAAGCCACGCCCACCCCCAACAACUGUAGCAGUAGCUCCGGGACCCCCAGGAGGAAAACAUAGCUUUGUGUUCUCAUGUAGCCUCUGAGGGUUGGGUCCCUGCAGGGCUCCAACCUGCAGCAGGACACUGUCCUGCCACUGUGCCUUAGUCAAUCAUGCCAGGAACCACUCAGGCUGGGUACUGCUCACUGAGGGUGCUGGCUUCUGGGUGCUGCCCAAGACUUGCUGUCCCCUCGUGUCCACUACCCCAGGCUGUAGAGGUCUGAAUCUGGAGUCCUCAGCUGUAGUUCUUGUGUGAAAGGGACAUGGGACCCACUGAGGACAACAGUGAAGGGGUGCACUGCAUUGUGGUCUCCACCCAGC